AUGUCUCUCCCCAAAGCCCAACUCGGUCGCGACGGCCCUCAGGUCAAUCGCCUAGGCUUCGGCCUGAUGGGCCUUUCCACCUACUACGGAAAGCCCAAACCCGACUCUGAACGACUUGCUAUUCUUGACCAUGCCCACAAGCUCGGUGAGCAUUUCUGGGACUCUUCGGAUCUUUACGGCGACAACGAGGUUUUACUGGGAAAGUGGUUCAAGGCAAACCCAGAGAAACGAAACGAUAUCUUCCUGGCAACGAAGUUUGCCGUUUCCCAAGUGGACAGCAGCAUCGACAGUUCCCCAGAGUACUGCAAAGCCGCCUGUGACAAGAGCCUACAGCGCCUUGGCAUUCAGCAGAUCGACCUGUACUACUGCCACCGCGUCGACCAAAAGACUCCCAUUGAGAAAACGGUCCGCGCCAUGGUCGAGCUGAAGAAUGAAGGGAAGAUCAAGUACUUGGGACUGUCGGAGAUUAGCAGCGAGACGUUGCGACGUGCGCAUAAAGUCCAUCCCAUCUCCGCUGUGCAAGUCGAGUACUCCCCCUUUGCGAUGGAAAUCGAGAGCAAGCAGAUCGAUCUCUUGAAGACGUGUCGCGAGUUGGGUGUCGCUGUUGUUGCGUACAGUCCUUUGAGCAGGGGUAUGCUGACGGGUGCGUUGAAAGGACCAGAGGAUUUUGAAGAGGGCGAUUUUAGAAGCUUUGUACCGAGGUUUAGUGCGGAGAACUUCCCUAAGAACUUGAAGCUCGUGAGCCGAAUCACGGAGUUUGCAGAGAAGAAGGGAGCAACGCCGAGUCAGUUGACGCUUGCGUGGUUGCUAGCUCAAGGUCACGAUAUCUUCCCUAUCCCUGGCACAACAAAGGCUUCACGAUUGGAAGAGAACCUUGGUAGCUUGAAGGUGGAGUUGAAUAGCGAAGAGGAAGCAGCGAUUAGGAAGGCGGUCGAAGAGGCUGAAGUAGGCGGACAGAGAUACCCUGACCUGUUCAUGAAGAUGUGUUAUGCGGAUACUCCGCCGCUAUAG